AAGGUUUUUUGCAUCGUAGGGCUGCCCCCGAGCGAGUUGACCAUACAAAAGAUGAUCCUCACGCAGUGCGCCGUCUGCGCCACCGACCUAGGCCUAACCUUGGGCAAGAAAUGCGGCCGCUGCAGCACACGCUAUUGUGGGCCUGAAUGCCAGGUGCAGCACUGGAAAGAGGGCGGCCACGACCAGCUCUGUAAGCCAAUAAAAAAAGCAGGCGGCGCCGAACAAUACAACGCAAAUAAGAAGUACUCGGAGGCCGUUACGGUCGCCGCGGAGGCGUGCGCGGACGACACGAAGGGCCAGACGUGCUACAUCUGCACGCAGGCCGUCCAUCGGCACACAAAGGAGGGCCUCGUGCGCAUGUGCGCGUGCCGCGGGACGUCGGGCUUCGCGCAUGUUUCGUGUCUCGCGGAGCAGGCGAAGAUUUUGGUCGCGGAGGUCGAGGAGAAUAAUUUGGGCCACGAGGCGUUUAACGAGAGGUGGACGCGGUGGUAUUCGUGUAGUCUGUGCGAGCAAGGAUACCACGGCGUCGUGGCGUGCGCGCUCGGGUGGGCGUGCUGGAAAACGUAUGUGGGCCGGCCGGACGCGGACUCGGCUCGGCGCUUGGCGAUGACAAUGCUCGGAAACGGUUUAUCCGAGGCAAAACACUAUGAGGACGCGUUGACCGUGGAAGAGGCUAUGUUUUCUAUGCAGCAGCGACUUGGCGAUUCAGAAAGCAACACACUUGUCACGCUGGGCAAUCUUGCGGUCACGUAUCAAGCGCUUGGACAGCUUGAGAAGUCCCUAAGUAUGAAGCGAGACGUAUACUCCGGAUGGGUGGACCUCUUUGGCGAGGAACAUCCGGAAACCCUCAGAGAAGGCAUCAACUACGCGAAUUGCCUUGUUCAGAUGCUGCGUUUCAAAGAAGCCAAGGCGCUGCUGCGCAAAACGAUGCCCGCGGCGCGACGCGUUCUUGGAGAGAAUCAUGACAUUCCGCUCGAGAUGAGGUCGAUGUACGCGCAAGCGCUCUGCCGGGACCCCGCCGCCACGCUCGACGAUCUCCGCGAGGCCGUGACAACGCUCGAGGACACGGAGCGGACCGCGCGGCGCUUGCUCGGCGGAUCGCACCCCGUCGCAGCGGAGAUUGAGAAAUCCCUGCGAAUCGCGCGAGCCGCGCUCCGCGCCCGCGACACGCCGGGGAGCGCGUAAUCACUACAGAGGCACC